AUGCGCGAAAUCGUUCACCUCCAGACCGGCCAAUGCGGUAACCAAAUCGGUGCUGCCUUCUGGCAGAACAUCUCCGGCGAGCAUGGCCUCGACGGCUCUGGCAUUUACAACGGCACCUCAGACCUCCAGCUCGAGCGGAUGAGCGUCUACUUCAAUGAGGCAUCUGGCAACAAGUUCGUUCCCCGUGCCGUUCUCGUUGACUUGGAGCCGGGCACCAUGGACGCAGUCCGCGCGGGUCCCUUCGGCCAGCUCUUCCGUCCCGACAACUUCGUCUUCGGCCAGUCAGGUGCCGGCAACAACUGGGCCAAGGGUCACUACACUGAGGGCGCCGAGCUCGUGGACCAGGUCUUGGAUGUUGUCCGUCGUGAGGCCGAGGGCUGCGACUGCCUUCAGGGCUUCCAGAUCACCCACUCCCUUGGUGGUGGCACCGGUGCCGGUAUGGGCACACUCUUGAUCUCCAAGAUUCGCGAGGAGUUCCCGGACCGAAUGAUGGCGACCUUCUCCGUUGUUCCUUCACCCAAGGUUUCGGACACUGUUGUCGAGCCGUACAACGCCACGCUCUCCGUGCAUCAGCUCGUCGAGAACUCAGACGAGACCUUCUGCAUUGACAACGAGGCUCUGUACGACAUCUGCAUGCGAACACUGAAGCUCAACAACCCGUCCUACGGCGAUCUCAACCACCUCGUCUCCGCCGUCAUGUCCGGCAUUACCACCUGCCUUCGUUUCCCUGGCCAGCUCAACUCCGAUCUCCGAAAGCUUGCCGUCAACAUGGUGCCAUUCCCGCGUCUGCACUUCUUCAUGGUUGGCUUCGCUCCUCUCACCAGCCGUGGCGCGCACACCUUCCGUGCCGUCACUGUUCCAGAGUUGACCCAGCAAAUGUUCGACCCGAAGAACAUGAUGGCCGCUUCUGACUUCCGCAACGGCCGCUACCUCACCUGCUCUGCCAUCUUCCGUGGCAAGGUCUCCAUGAAGGAAGUUGAGGACCAGAUGCGCAACGUACAGAACAAGAACUCCUCCUACUUCGUCGAGUGGAUCCCGAACAACGUCCAGACCGCUCUCUGCUCCAUCCCGCCACGCGGCCUCAAGAUGUCCUCGACCUUUGUCGGCAACUCGACCUCCAUCCAGGAGCUCUUCAAGCGCGUCGGUGACCAGUUCACCGCCAUGUUCCGUCGCAAGGCUUUCUUGCAUUGGUAUACCGGCGAGGGUAUGGAUGAGAUGGAGUUCACGGAGGCUGAGAGCAACAUGAACGAUUUGGUGUCUGAGUACCAGCAGUACCAGGAGGCUUCGAUCUCUGAGGGUGAGGAGGAGUACGACGAGGAGGCUCCUGUUGAGGGCGAGGAGUAA